UCAGGGACGCUUUCGGCUCCCGGAAGUAGCUAUAAAUAACAGGAUUAUCGCUCUGCUUGAAUAACGGGUACGCUUUAGCUCAAUCUACCCCAGAGUAAUUCAACCAAAUGUAUCCCGGAGGGAACGUCGACUCGGACAGUUGGCUGUUUUUGAACCUUAAAGUUUAUUUUUUUUAAUAUGUAUGUUUAGUGAUAGCAAUGCAUACGUUACCGUGGUAAUGAAGAAAUGAUACUACGCGGUGACGUUCAUUUCUUCAGUUGUUCUGUUAUAGUUACAAACUACUGUCGCGGAUAAAAAAAAUAAAUAAUCACCCGGACGUCGUCUGGAAGUGCCUGCAAAUGAAGUGUCCCCCCGCUGUAGAGGAUUAACACGGAUUGGAUUAACAAGGAGUUUGGGAAAGAGAGGGCAUCAUGGAGUGGCCGGGAGAAUUUCCAGAGGACCAUGGCUUUGUGGAGCUUCUGAUCCCAGGUGUUUCCAGUGAUGUGGACUUUGAACAGUUUAUGAAAGAGACGGAAGAGAAACUCAGCCUCAACGCCAGCAGCAUUGAACACCAGCUGAAUGACCUCCAUGCCAAAAUGGGAGAGUCCAGAACGGGGGAUCGCCCAGUCAGUCCCACGGAGGUCUUACAGUGGUUCAACGCGAGAGCACAAAACGCCCUGAAGUCUCCUUCCGCAGACCUCUCAGACUUCUUCAGAGCUCUGCAACAGUACCUUAAAUCAGAUGAAGAGGGGAAAGAAGAAGUGACACUGCAGCUGCUGCUGAGUCUUUCUGCCCAGUGUGGGGUCUGUUUUCCUUCUUCCUCUUCGUCUCCCUCUCUUCAUCCUCAUCUGCCUGGCUCCUCUGUCCACACGACGCCCACGGUCAAAGACGUCUCUUCAUUAGAGGAGGCAUGGGACGCUGUGCGCCUCCAGCUGCGACGCUUCCUGCUGGACCGGCUGUCGCGCUGCACCUCAGGACUUCCUGGUUCCCCUCAGAUCUCCACCAUGACCAUCCAGGAACGGGUCCAAUGUCUUCAGCAGUUGUUUUUUCUCUAUCCUGAAAGUGAAGUGAUCACGGAUUACCAGGGUCUGAAACAGCGGUAUGUGGUGAGUACUCUGCGCUCAAGCAUGAGCUGCAGCCCAGGUGGAGAGACCGGCUUCGACAGACUGGCCACGGGUUUCUGCAACGCGGUGCCGCAGGUGAACCGGGCCCUCACAGAGGAGCUCCAGGUCCUUUCGAGAGUAGCGGAGCCCCACGUUGUCCUCGGCUUUUUGAACGUAGCCUACUUUGGUGCCGUUGCCCAAGAACUCGCCGCCCAGAUGGAGAGAGAAUUCGAAACGGCCCAAAGAGACAACACAGCGCCGAGCAGCAAGAUAAAGAAAUACUCUGCAAGGUCCCGAGCAACUGUAGCGCCGAUGGAGCUUCCCAUGAAGAGCAGGAGCUUCAGUUUGACCUCCCACCAGCUGAGGGCGUUGACCCAGUUGGCUUGCGUCCUACAAGGCUUUGAGAGAGAUGCGAGGGAGCUGGUCACCAACAUCACCUUCAUAAAGUGCAUAGGAGACACUCCGACUUUAAAAGGCAUUUUGAAGAAGCCUAAAGAGGAUCCAAGUUCGACGACAAAUGGCAAGAAACCCGCCUCAGACAAACCUCACACUCCAGAGGCAAAGACUCUGGAGUUUAACUGGAGGUCAGCUUUUAGUAGGCUGGUCCCGCACAUGGAGCACUGUGUUAAAGUGGUGCUGGACGACGUCUGUGCCAAGAAUCUGCAGCAAGAAGAGGCCUUCCAUUCUUCAGGACAAACCUCGGUCAGCCUGAGCCCCACCGCUGACUUCUCCGUCAGCAGCCAGCACCUCAGAGAAGACUUCUUCUUCAAAGACUCAGAGAGAGACUCGCCUAAAAUGACAGCGAAGUUCUGCGGAGCCAUUGUGACUGAGCUGGAUGCCUUACUGCCACUGGCAGUCGCCUGCAGGGACGUUUCUCUCCUGGGGGUGCGAUCAAGCUUUGUGGAAGCUUGUAGCAGAGCAGCGUUUGCCAUUCUGGGCCGUUUGCAGGAGAGGGCCCUGGAGGUACCGUCCUCUGCGCCCCUGAAGAACUUGCCUGCUCUGCUCGCUUCCUGCAUUUAUGUGCAACAGCGACUGGAGCAUUACAAUGUCAUGCUGAAGGAUUUAAGUGCAGCUUCGGCUAAAACACCCCUGACUCUGCUACCGAUCCAGAGGUACCAGGAACUAGCGGAGGCCUUAAGAGAGCAGCUGACCAGCUACUGCAUCCAAGUUUGCCUAACCUGUAUUCUCCAGGAUGCAGAGAGUCACGACUGGGCCGACCCUAAACCCUUCUACGAGGGAGAGCGAUGUUCCUUCUCGCUGCAGAUGUGGUUUUACUUCCUGUGCGGGCUUCGUAGCGACCUGUGGGCGGUCCUUCCAUCAGAACUGGCCAAGGACGUGCUUGGAUGUGUCCUGACAGAGACUUUGCAGCUAUUGGUAAAAAGAUAUGCCAGGGUCCGUGCUUCAUACAAGAGACACCUGCAGAUCAGGUGUGACAUCACCGCAGUGCUGCUCUACGUGGAGCACCUCAUGUGGAGCGUCAGCGAGAGUCCAGAGGACGUGGUUCUGAUCAACCCUGCUUCAGAAAUCACCAUCAUAGGAGGUGGCUCUGACUGGCCGUACCGAAUCCACAGCCUGUGUGACCAACUGCUGGCGGUCCUCCUCGUUGUUACAGCACCGAUAUCUUUUGUGCAUAGAACAUUUAUGAACAGCGCUUCCAAAGACUCAGCUCCGCGCCAGCCUGAAAGGCCUGUUGUACGCUGGCUAAAUGCUAUCAACCCUGACGUCUUCACAGAACAGGUCAUAAGAGAUGGCCUUAUGGGCGAGGCAGCCCUGGCGUGCCAGUUGAGGCUCCUGACCUCUGACCCAGGAUGCAGUCCCAGGCUGCUGCUGCGGAUGCUGCUUUAUGAAGAUUGCCACCUGCCCAGAAUGCUCCUGGAAAAUUCCUAUUUUUGCCAGGAGACUGACUCAGAAAUGCCCAUAGAGACUUGCAAGGCAGGAGAUGACUUCAUAGCUGCUUUGUUCAACGUGUUCUCCUCCCUGAACAAUGUUCCCAAAGCUUUGGCUCAGGCCCUUCAUCCAUAUCUGGAGAGAAUGCAAAUUUGGAAAUAUCUCUACACACUGGCAGACACUACACAGACGGCACCGGUGGUUGUUGACUGCGUCCGAGCGUUGGUGACAAAGUCAACCAACACUAUUCUGGUGCACCUGGUCUCCAUGGUGCUGGCUUGGCAGGACACAGAUGAGUGCAAAGCUGCCCUCGUAAGACGGAAGAUGCCAGACAGUGUCCUGGCUAAGAUACCUAAGGACUGGAACUACGGCACAGCUGACGGAAGAGGAAAAGAUACUGCCUCUAAAACUGUCAUAUGCCAAGCAAUUCAAGCGCUGUCCUUCAUUUUCACCAACCUCACAUUGGCCGUAGCAUCGUUGCCUCUCUCUGUCCGCUUCCUCUUUCAAAUGGCGGAAAAGUACCUGUCCCAGCAUGCCCGGCAGUUGCGCUCAAUGGGCCUGUUACUCUGGGCGCUGCUGGGGUGUUUGAUCCAGGGUCUGGAUGACCCCGAUGCGCUAGAACAGAUCAGUGGUCUGGCUCUGGACUGCGGGGCAAAAGACUGCCUAUCGCUGCUCAGAGAGUGCCUGCAGGCUGCGAUGAGCAUCCAGCAAAAGGGUAUCCCCAAACCCACAGUGCAGAAAGUACUGCAGGCUCUGGAGGAAAAGAGACCCAAGUGGAUAACCAUGCAGCUACAGAAAGCUCGCAAACUCUGCGCGGAAAGCGUUUUUGAGCAGGGAGCAGAGAGAGGAGCUGCUGCGGCUGAACUGACUGAGCAGAAAAUAGGCCUGAUGCUGCUGGAGGUGUGCCACAAAGCAGGUGGCUGCGUCUACCUGAGGCAGAUCUAUCACAUCAUCCAAGGCAAUGAGGAACUCCUGAUGUCUAAACUCGGCGGGAGCACGGACUGUCCGUUCCUCUCGGUGAAUUUCAAUGUCGGCCCAGAGCGUGCCGAUCGCACCGCCUCCUUCAACCCUCUCCUGCAGUACGACCACAUUGGCAAGAAGAGGCUGAAUCAGAGCGAAGUGGUUGACUGGACGUGGGACUGGCUGAGGCUGCUGCCGGCGUACGAGGGCAUGAGUCGGGUCAACUUCACAAGCCUGGUAGCCAACAGGUGGGAUAUGCAGGAGGAUGCGGAGCUGGAAGAUGGAGAGAGAGCGAUGGUGGAGGAACUUCAGAAAGCGUUCUUCACUUGCUGCUGCAGCGCGGGACCACAAGGUGCCUCUGGAACUGACGAGACGCCAACAAAUCAGACCCAGGGGGAAGCACACUCAUGCGAUGAAAGUACUGCCCAAUAACAGUCCACGCCAUUGGAGGUGUUAUUAAGUUGUAUUUUUUUUUUAUAUAUAUAUUCUCUUGGGGCUCUCAAGAUGUUUGUUUGUGCAUAGGUGUGUGUACCCCUGCUCACACAUUUGUGGGAGUGUUUUGGCCUGUGCGUGUACUUUAUGCUGAAAAUCUGCAAGUGUGUGCAAAAAAUGUGGGGGGAAAAAACACUAGAAAAAAAAAAAAGAGAGAGCACAAACUGGUGCCUUCCUCUAUCUGCACACACCUGAGACAAAUCUUCUGUGCCGUUCAAUGCUGCAUCAGGUGCGUUUUUCAUCUUUUUGGAGCACAUCUGCAGAAACCAGUUUGGGGAAAUAAAGAGCCGCGAUUUGUUUGCCAGGGACAAGAUGGGACUGUGUGAUCGCUGUUGGUAACUGAUGUGUUUUAAGACCGUGUGGGCGGAGAGAGUGGUGUCGGCGUGCUCUCCUCUGCCUUCUUUAAGUAAACAUCAAAGAAUACGGUUUGGAAGCAAAAUAUGAUCUGUUAUGAUUUUCUGAUGUGUUCCCGGAAAUCUGCUGCACCAUAGCAUAUCAGUUAGCAUUUGUAAUAUGAUUGCUGAGUAUAUUUUUCUAAAUGUGUCAGUAUUUUUUUAUUUGUGCAAAAUAUUGUAGGUAAAAUAUCAAACAUGAAAAUAAAGCCAUUAUUGUACUUUA